GGGCGGAGUUAGCAGCACAGAGAGAGGCGGCCAUGAUCCAGAAGGAGAGGUUACUGGAGGAGUCAAUGACCCAACGACAGAAGGCGCUGGAGGAAAAGCUAUCGGCAAUAGAGAAGAGACAUAACGAGAUGUUGGGCGAGCGGGCUCAAUCACUGGAAAGGAUGAUGCAGCGGCGUCUCGAGGAGCUUAUAGAGGAGAAAGCCGAUUUCAAGCAAGAGAAAGCCGAUUUCAAGCAGGAGAAGGCCGAGUUCAAACAAGAAGUGGCCCAGUUUGAAUUUCACUUGCCGGCCGGUUGCAUCCUUGUAUCGAG